CAAAAGCGCGUUAUUAAAAAGGAUGUAUAGAAAUUUAAAAUUAUGUUUAUUUCUAUUCAGAAACCAUAGAGUUCGUUUAAUUUGACUUUUGUUAAAAGUAGUGUCUAUUUUACGAAUAUCGGAUAUUUAAAAACAAUAAAAUUAAUAUGAAGGUUAUAUCAAUUAGAAUAGUUUGUUUAAAUAUCAGUCCAUUAUGGAUUUUAUUAAUUGUUUAAAGACGUCGAAAAAUACUUUUAUUAUAGCCGAAAUCGGUCAGAAUCAUCAAGGUAAUAUAGAAAUAGCGAAAAAAUUAAUAAAAAUAGCAAAGGAUUGCGGAGCUGAUUGUGUUAAAUUUCAAAAAACUGAUCUGAAGGAAAAAUUUAACAACAAAGCCUUACUUAGACCAUACAAUUCACCUCAUUCUUUCGGAAAAACUUACGGAGAACAUAAACAAUUUUUAGAGUUCAGUAAAGAUGAUUAUAGAGAAUUAAAAUAUUUCGCAAAUAAAGUCGGGAUAUUGGUCACAGCUUCAGCGAUGGAUGUAAAAUCGCUGGAAUUUUUAAUUGAUCUCGAAGUACCUUUUAUAAAAAUUGGUUCCGGAGACGCUAAUAAUUUUAUUUUGAUUGAAAAAGCUGCGAAAACUGCCAUUCCCUUAGUUAUAUCUACAGGAAUGCAAAAUUUUGUAACGGUGAAACAAGUUUAUCAUUUGGUGUCAAAAUACCAUAAAAAUUUCGUUUUUUUACAUUGCGUUUCCGCUUAUCCGACACCAAUAGAAGAUAUCAAUUUAAAUGUUAUAAAUUUGUUCAAGUCAACAUUUCCAGAUAUAUUGAUAGGGUAUUCUGGGCAUGAAUUGGGUACUCAUAUCAGUGUGGCGGCUGUAGCUUUAGGUGCAAAGGUUAUUGAAAGACAUUUAACUUUAAAUAAAAAUCAAAAAGGAUCUGAUCAUGCUUGUUCUCUAGAUCCUGUUGAAUUUCGAAGUUUAGUUACAAAUAUUAGAAACGUGGAAGCAGCAAUGGGUAGGCCAAUUAAGGAGUUUCAAAUUUCGGAAAAACCUUGUUACGAAAAAUUAGGAAAAACUUUAGUUUACACAAAACGGUUAAAAAGUGGUCAUAAGCUCGAAAACGGAGACAUAAACGUCAAAGUAGCCGAACCUAAAGGUAUAGACGGCGCAGAAAUGGCGAAAAUUAUCGGGAAAAAAUUGUUAAUCGACGUUUUAGAAGACGAAUCGAUAUUGUUUAAUCAUUUAGAGUGAAAUAAAAUAAAAACGUACCAAAAUCAA